AUGUUUGACGCUCCUCUGUCCGCAAAACUCAAGGAGCAAGAUCUAGAACAUUUGGACAUCUCUAAGCUCACACCAUCUUCACCUGAAGUUAUCAGCCGUCAGGCUACAAUCAAUAUUGGAACAAUUGGUCAUGUAGCGCACGGAAAAUCAACUAUUGUAAAAGCUGUUUCUGGUGUUCAAACUGUACGAUUUAAAAAUGAACUCGAAAGAAAUAUCACAAUUAAAUUAGGAUAUGCCAAUGCAAAAAUUUACAAAUGCAAUUAUGAUAAGUGUCCACGACCUGCUUGUUUUGUGUCUGGUGGAUCAGGCCGUGAUGACUCAUUACCUUGUUCUAGGCCGGGUUGUCCAGGAAGAUUUGAAUUAGUUAGACAUGUGUCUUUUGUAGACUGUCCUGGUCACGACAUUCUUAUGGCUACUAUGUUGAACGGAGCUGCUGUUAUGGACGCUGCAUUAUUACUCAUAGCUGGGAAUGAAUCUUGCCCUCAACCACAAACAUCAGAACACUUGGCUGCUAUAGAAAUCAUGAAAUUAAACAAUGUAAUAAUCUUGCAAAACAAGAUUGAUUUGGUGAAAGAAGGACAAGCCAAAGAACAACAGGAACAGAUACAAAAGUUUGUUCAAGGAACCGUAGCAGAAGGCGCGCCUAUUAUACCUAUAUCAGCUCAGCUCAAAUACAACAUGGAAGUAUUAUGUGAAUAUAUUUACAAAAAAAUCCCUAUUCCUGAAAGGGACUUCACAUCACCUCCACGCCUAAUUGUUGUUCGAUCAUUUGAUGUCAACAAACCUGGAUGUGAGGUGGAUGAUCUUAAAGGAGGAGUUGCUGGUGGUAGUAUUUUGCGCGGCGUUUUAAAAGUUGGAAUGGAAAUUGAAGUACGCCCUGGCUUAGUAUCUAAGGACAGUGAAGGUAAAUUAACUUGUCAGCCAAUUUUCUCACGUAUUGUCUCCUUGUACACGGAACAAAACGAGUUGAACUUUGCUGUUCCUGGAGGACUUAUUGGUGUUGGAACCAAAAUUGAACCCACGUUGUGCAGGGCUGAUCGUCUUGUUGGACAAGUAUUAGGAGCAGUUGGAGCAUUACCAGAUAUAUUUAUUGAGUUAGAAGUUUCAUACUAUUUGCUUAAGCGAUUAUUAGGUGUACGUACAGAAGGAGAUAAGAAAGCAGCUAAGGUUCAACGAUUAUCGAAAAAUGAGGUGCUGUUGUUAAAUAUUGGAUCUUUGUCCACCGGUGGAAGAGUAUUAGCUACAAAAGCCGAUUUAGCUAAAAUCAGUUUAACUACACCAGUAUGUACAGAAAUCGGGGAAAAGAUUUCACUUAGUCGUCGGGUUGAAAAGCAUUGGAGACUUAUUGGAUGGGGUUUAAUUCGUGGUGGAGAAACAAUACAGCCUUCAAAACCACAAACGGGCUAA